AUGAAUGAUAUAGUAGCACCCUCAGCUAUGACGAUAGACUACGAAAUUAUUGACCCGGAUGGGGACACUUGGAUCAUCAUAUCCUCCCCGACUGUAUCCCCUGAGGGCACGGAUGAUACAACCACUACCGAUGAUCCAGUGGCUGUAGAAGAGGUGGCGACUGUAGGGGAGUCCGUUGCUGAAGGGCCAGGGGGUAUCCACGACCAUCCUAUGGCUCUUGCCACUGAUGAGACUGCGAACUGCCAAGAAGGCAACGAUCCAGUAGCAGAACUAUGGAUCAAGGUGUCCAGAAAACAUCUCUCAGUGGCAUCUCGACGUGCUAGGAUAAUGUUCCAAGGAGACUACCUUGAAACUCAGAAAUCGGAGAGUGAUGGCCAUUAUCACUGGAAAAUGGAGGCUUUGUUUCAUCCUGAAGCUCUGUCGAUCGUCUUGCGGAUUAUCCAUGCACAAAAUCAGGGUUUGCCGGAUAGCGUCACGCUCAAGAUGUUGGUCGAGAUUGCUACAGUUGUAGACGAUCUGCAAUGUUCCGAAGCUCUAUAUUUCUUCACCAGAGCGUGGACCAGUAGAAUCUCCCAAUCUAUUCCGUCUCACAUGUGCGACGACCUUAUUGAGUGGAUUUUUAUUACGUCCGUGUUUGGACUGGACAAUCGUUUGAAACAUGCGAUGAAUGUUGCAAUGAUGGAAAGCACCAGGCGCAUCGAUAAUCUAGGACUCCCUAUUCUCCCAUCGAUCAUCGAGAUGAACGUGCUCUGUCCGCGUCCCGAAAGUCCUUUUCCAGACUUGAGUCUGUCCUCAGCAUUUGAGGCUGUGCGAAGCUUCAACUCGCCGUCUCUUUAUCUCCCAUCCGACAGUGCGAUCCGCGAAUCAGCCUUUAGAUGUAGUCCUUCCUUGGAAGACUCUCAGGAGAGUGUUUGGGUGCUGGAAGAGGACAAAAAUCAGCAUCAGAUGGACUGGUUUGGAGAGGUGAGACAGACGAACCAGACAAAAUCCACAACCGAUACCCCCAAGCAGCUCAGAGCUCACCAGUGUCGACUACAGACUCACCUAAAGCCUGGGAUAGAUCGUUUGAAGGCCAAGGCCAAGGCCCUGAAUCUGAGUGGUGCAUGGAUGGGCUUGGGAUAG